UAUGGAAGGUAUGAAGAAUGUUGGUGAAGAGGGAAAGACGUUGCAAUACUUGGGUGAUGGAUACUAUCAAGUUUCUCUGAUAGUAAAUCUAAAAGGCUCUAGUUUUGAAAUGAUGAAAAUUAUCAAAGACUUUACCAUCCUGGAUUUCUCAAACAAUCAUUUCCAUGGAGAGAUUCCAAAAUUAAUUGGAAAUUUGCAUGCACUUCGAGUUCUCAACCUUUCUCAGAAUAAUUUAACUGGUUGUAUUCCAUCAUCUUUUGAAAAUUUGACAGCUCUCGAGUCAUUAGACCUUUCUUCGAACAAGCUAGUGGGAGAGAUUCCACCUCAAUUGACAAAUUUAAACUUUCUUGAAGUUUUAAACUUGUCAAAUAACCAUCUCAUGGGUUCCAUACCUCAGAAUAACCAAUUUAACACAUUCCCAAAUACUUCGUAUAGCGGAAAUGCGGGGUUGUGUGGAUUUCCAUUGUCAAACAGAUGUGGUGAUGACAGUGCGCCGCAUCUCUCAGCAUCAAAUGAAGAUGAUAUGGAGUCCGAGAAUGGAUUUGGCUGGCAAGCGGUGUUUAUAGGGUUUGGAUGUGGAGUGCCGUUUGGAUUAAUUAUGGGAUAUUUUGUGUUCGCAACUGGGAAGCCUCGAUGGCUAGUUGAGAUGAUCGAAGGAAAACAUCUUAGAUAGCUGCCAAAGGUCCAAUAACAAUGGAGGAGGAAGAAGACAGUAGUGUAUGCAUGGAAGAGGUCUCUUAGGCAAGUGUUUUUGGUGAUUUUGUAUGAUGUGGUGCUUGA